UGCACUUGUCACAUUUGUCAGUUCUCCCUGCUCAGUCGUAACAAGGUAUUUUUCAAAGAAAUUUUCGAUUCUUUUGGUUCUUCUUUCCAAAAAAAUGUCGGCCCUAAUCCGAUUGAACAAUCGUGCUGUCCUGCGAAACCUUAUCGCCCAAACACGCUCCAUCAAAACAUCUCCAAAAAAUCGCGAAACUGCUGCUGUUUCGCCAACCCUCAACCAAGCCAAAGACGACACAGCAACCAAGAACAAAAAUUGGGUUAGCUGGGGAUUCGAUCAUCACGACGAAGCACACGAUCGUAGUUCCACCAAAGCUUCGUUCUUCUUCUCUGUAACACUAUGCAUAGUUUGGGGUACAUUCUUUUGGGCAUAUUCCCCCGACAGCCGAUAUCGUGAUUGGGCACAACGCGAGGGUUUCCUCGAGUUGCGUCGCCGUGAGAAGGCUGGAUUGGACUUGAUUAGUCCCAAUUACAUUGAACCCAGUGCUAUUAAUCUGCCAUCGGAUGAGGAAUUGGGAAAUACUGAAAUUAUCAUUUAAAAUUGCCUUUUAAUUUUGUGUGGACGGACAGAAAUGGACGUCAAGAGCAAGCUGCCGAUUUUGUUGUAUUUCCCUCAAUCAACUUGGUAAUAAAUGUUAUGUAAUUCGAUUUUAAUUUUAACGAAAAAAAAAGCCGAAAAAAUCACAUAGAAAAAUAAUGUACAGCUGGAUUUGUAAAUAAAAAUAAAGUGCAGCUUCCGAUACAUAAACAA